GGACAUAACGCGAGAAUACAAAUCAAACACAUGUGCUAGAAUUGUAACCAAAUCAAAACUUGGAAUUCAAAUUGAUAUUUUGUAUAUACAAAAUGUAAUAAAAUUCUAAGCACCACACCAAAAUCACCAGUGACAGUGGCCAACGGUCGGCUACUGCAUUGCAUUAAAAAACUUUUGUUUUGUUGAGAUAUAAUUUGUUUACACAAUCUUUUCAAGUUAACUUAAAUCUUAAUAAAAUCAUAAAAGUUUUUGUCCAACCCGUUUUUUGAAAUUUUCUUGAGACUAUUUGGAUUUCUUGAGGCCGGAACUCUUGAUGUUUAUUUUGCUCCACCUUAUAUUGAAUAUAUUCAAAUGCUUGGCCCAUUUAUUGACGAACAUGGUAAGGCCAACAUCAAUCUCAAAAAAUUCCAGGCUGUGCAAGAUAAAGCCGAAAAUAUAUCGAUGUCAUCCGAUUUAUCGUUGAGUUUAAAAGAAGCUUUGCAAUCAAGUGUCAACCGGGCCAGACAACUUAUUCCAAAGUUAUUUCAAGUCCAAUCCAGACGUAAGUAUGAUAAAAAUAAUCCAAUAUAUAUUUCUUUGCAGGCGUUGCGAGCUAAAAAAAUCAACAGCUUCGUUUGUUGUGAUCGAACGUUCCGAUCCUAUGCGACACUGGAUAGACAUGUGAAGAUAGAUCAUCCCGAAAUCACAGUGAGUGACAGUGAUUCGCCAAGUCAUUCCAGUCUUUCUGAAAUUCAAGGUACUUCACGCGAUAUUCCAAUGGUGGAUGUUGAGUCGUCAACAGAAUCAGAAACUCAAAGUGCUUCGCGCGAUUUUCCAAUGGAGGAUAUUGAGGCGUCUGCCGAACCUGAAAUUCUCGACAUUGAAGAACCUGGUUUUGAUGAAGAUUUUGAUGAUGAUGUUAUUUUUAUUAAUGAAGCAGAACCUGAAGAGGAACCUGAAGAUAUUGUUCCCAUUAGCAGUGACCGCGUGGAUUCUGAAUUUUUGAUGGAUGUCAAGAAAACUUUGUCUGAUGCUGAUUACGCGUUAUUCGAGGCUACCUGUCAGAGGAUUCUUGGAGAUCGAGUGUUGCACAAUGCGACUGGAAAAUCGAUACAUUAUCUUUCUUCAUUUUAUUUAAAUGCGUUUUGCAAUAAUCCAACUCUCAGCAAUUAUGCAUUACGAAUGGCAGAUUCUUCUUACCUUCAAGAAAAAUUUGCAAUGACCAAUCCUUUGCAUAUUCAACCGAAGCCCUUUCGUUUGGAUAAUGAAAAAUCAUAUUAUUAUAUUCCAAUUAGGGAACUUCUGGUCAAAUAUAUCCUGAAUGAUGAUUUGGUCCGUAUUAUCAAUCAAGAAACUACCACGAACGUAACUCCUUACGUUCGAAACAAUGGGUUUAAUGGUAAACUUCGAUUGAUGAUCUAUGGAGAUGAAUUUGGGAUAUGUAACCCACUUCGAGAUUCUUCCAAAAAGUACAAGGUGUAUGUACUGUAUUUGGACAUCGAUAACCGACAAUAUACGUCCAAGAAAAAAGAUAUUCAUCUUCUGAUGAUAUGGUGUCCAGAUGAUUUGAAAAAUUCAAAUCAAUCUCUUUUGGACAUCAUGAGUCCUUUGUCUGAGGACUUUCUUUGUUUAUUUAGAGACGGUAUUUCGUAUGCAUUGAAUGAUCGACAGAUACAUAUACCGGUUUGUUUAUCACAUAUUGUGGGCGAUAAUCUAUCUGUCGCCGAAUUACUAGGUCUUCGUCGGAGCUUUGGCUAUGCCUUUGCCUGCCGGCAUUGUGGCAUACCACACACUCGAUUAUCAUCGCUUGAUGAUACUUCCACUCAUUUGGCGAUUCAUAAUUCUUAUGAUUCUUAUAAAAAUGAGGUAAACUCUGUUCUUUCCAUCAAGAAUUUUGCUAGUCCUUAUGGAAUUACUUGUCGAUCAGCUUUCGACAAAUUAGGGAUAAAUGUUUUUCAGAUUGCUCCAGCUGAUAUUUUUCAUGAUCUAGCUGAGGGCGUUAUCUCUACGAUCAUUGCAAAAGUUUUUGAGAUUCUUAAGGUCAAAUUAGGGUCAGAUACGGUUAGAAAUAGGUUUAAAUCUUUUAAAAUUUGGGUAAAUGGUAAGUUAGAUAUUAAUUUUCAACCCAAAACAAUAAAAAUUCGAGGUAAGGGUUGGCAAAAGAUUGAGUUAGCUGUCCGCUUAGUGGAAAUAUUUCCUGAAAUGAUGGAAAAUCCAUCGGAUUAUGCUAUUUACUUUCAUCUUAGGAAAGUAAUAUUUUUUGUUUUUUCGCCAUCCAUGCCAAACAUUUGCGAACUACGGUCAUCAGUUAGGGAAUUUAUUCGUUUGUGCCAUGAAAAUGGACUGGCUACCCCUAAAGUCCAUUUCAUCAGUCAUUAUCCUGAAUUGACUGAAUUCUAUGGACCGCUUUCGCGGUUUAGCACUGAUAAGUAUGAACGUGUUCAUUCUUAUCUGAAAAACUUGCUAAGCCUCUCCAAGAAUUUUUUGAAUGUGCCUUAUUCGCUUUCUAAGCGAAAUCAGAUGGCACAACCGUUUUUGCACGUAGUUGAUAAAAUUUAUGAUGAGGGAAUUUUGUCCUCAUCGCACUACCCAUUUCCGUUAGGUCGUAGCAUUCUUCGCUCUUUAUUGAGCAAUGAUUGUUAUUUUAUCGAAGCUCGUCAAUUUGCAGCACGAGAUUCAGAGGUUUUUGUUAGAGGUAAAUUGUGGAAAGUUACUGAUCGUAACAUCGAAUCUAAUGUCCAUAAGUUGGAAUUAAAUUUGGAUUCAAAUGAGAUACCUUUAGCAGGUUUAUCUCACUUGAAUUCUUAUUUAUUCAAGUUUCAAGGAUCCUAUUUUGUCAACUACUCGAUGAUGAAAUAGGUUCUUCCUUCAGCUUUGGAGUCUAUCUCUAUUUUCAGGUUCUUUGAAUAUUCAUAAGUAUAUUGUAAGUUUAUUUCUUCGGUUUCUUCGGGUUCUUUCUUCAGCUUUUGGGUACAUCUCUAUUUUCAGGUUCUUUGGUUAUUCGUAAGUAUAUUUGUAAGUAUAUUUUCAAAUUUUUUUGAAAUUUUUAUCAUAAAAAAUUAAAAAAAAAACAAAAAAAAAUUAAAAAACAAAAAA